UGCAACUUGGGUCGCUAACUUGGAGAGCCUCCCUAACAUUGGCACUCCCAUAUAAAAGAAUCGGAGCUCAUCAACUCGAUACAGUUUCCUCCCUGAAUCUGGUGAAAUUGUGCGAUUUUCAAUCAAGAUGAAUUUUUCGUUAUUGAAAUGCGUGUUUUUGAUGGCGGUCGGUCUGGUUGCCCUGGCGGCCGCUCAUCCCGGUGACGGGUACAAUGGCGGUUCUUACGGGGGCAAUGGCUACGGCAACCACGGGGGUGGCGGAUGGAACAACCACGGGGGUGGUGGAUGGAACAACCACGGGGGUAGUGGCUACAACAACCACGGUGGAAACCACCAUCAUGGUGGUUACGGUCGCUAAGGUCUCGGCACACCCACAGUAAAAUUUGCGCAAAAGAUACACGAACAUGUUGUACAUGAUCAUUCCAAUUUUUCAAAAACAAGAGAGCAAAUAACAGUGAACACAGGAGCACAGUGAGAUACAGGAACAUGUUGUACAUGAUCAUUCCAAUUUUUCAAAAACAAGAGAGCAAAUAACAGUGUACACUGGGAACACAUUGACAGUAAGUCUUACGCUUUGAAGUAGAACAAAUAUAUUUGAGUAAAUAAAAACUCUUCGAUUUAAAUAAACUGUUCCUUUACUUCACAA